AUGGCUACAAAUUUUAACGACAUCGUCAAGCAAGGCUACGUGAAAAUGAAGAGCAGGAAACUGGGGCCGGGAGCAGCCUGCCGGGCCGUCAGCGAGCCCGGCCCCCCCCACCGGGACUGGCCGGGGAUGGGGAGCGAGGAGGAGGAGAGGGCGGCCAGUGCUGCGGGCGCUACCGCCGCCGGGGCGGAGAGGAGGGAGCGGGCUGGGGGGGGGUGGCGGGCGGGCAGGAGAUGGGGAAACCGAGGCGCGGGCGGCUCGGGAGCCGGCGUCCGUCCCGCCGCCCCGGCGACUGCGCGGGGCAGGAGCGGGCGGGAAGCGCCCAGCCCCGGCGCGCUCUGCGUCCCGCAGAUCUACCGGCGGUGCUGGCUCGUCUUCAGGAAAUCCUCCAGCAAGGGGCCGCAGCGCCUGGAGAAGUACCCGGACGAGAAGGCGGCGUGCCUGCGCGGCUGCCCCAAGGUCACGGAGAUCAGCAACGUCAAGUGCAUCACGCGGCUGCCGAAGGAGACCAAGCGGCAGGCCGUGGCCAUCGUUUUCCCCGACGACUCGGCCCGGACUUUCACCUGCGAUUCGGAGCUGGAGGCCGAGGAGUGGUACAAGACGCUGUCCGUCGAGUGCCUGGGCGCCCGCCUGAACGACAUCAGCCUGGGCGAGCCCGACCUGCUGGCCCCCGGCGUGCAGAGCGAGCAGACGGACCGGUUCAACGUGUUCCUCCUCCCCUGCCCCAACCUGGACCUUUACGGCGAGUGCAAGCUGCAGAUCACCCACGAGAACAUCUACCUCUGGGACACGCGCAACCCCCGGGUGAAGCUGGUGUCCUGGCCGCUGUGCUCCUUACGCCGCUACGGGCGCGACGCCACCCGCUUCACCUUCGAGGCGGGCCGCAUGUGCGACGCAGGCGAAGGCCUCUACACCUUCCAGACCCAGGAGGGCGAGCAGAUCUACCAGCGCGUGCACAGCGCCACGUUGGCCAUCGCCGAGCAGCACAAGAGGGUCCUGCUGGAGAUGGAGAAGAACGUCAGGCUGCUGAACAAGGGCACCGAGCACUACUCCUACCCCUGCACCCCCACCACCAUGCUGCCCCGCAGCGCCUACUGGCAUCACAUCACCGGCUCGCAGAACAUCGCCGAGUCCUCCAGCUACGCCGGGGAGGCUUAUUCGGGCGCCCAGGCCAGCUCGGACACCGACCUCCUCAACAGGUUCAUCUUAUUGAAGCCAAAGCCCUCCAAAAGCGAUAAGGCCGAAAGCAGGGAGUCCAAACCGUCGCAGUGAGCCCGCGGUGCGGGGCGCCCGCCGCCGGGGCCAAGGAGCGCAGGACACGUGCGGCUUCAGAGGGUUGCUUCUCGGGUGCUCCUCUGCCCCCUUUUUUGUUUUUCCUGGGGGUGUCAAGGAUCUGAGAACCCUCCCCUCUCGAUGGAGAGGUGAAGAGCCCCUCACUGCAGAGACAGAGACGGCGGCAGGUAGACGCAUCCUCCGUGCCAAGACCUUUGGGGAGCAGGUGCUGGCAACGGGGGCUCUCGCCCUGGCUGGACCUUGCAGAAGGUGGUGAUAACUAGCUCUAUGUUAAAUGAUUUUAAAUAUAUAUUGCACAUACAUAUUAUAUAGGACGAGACUUUUCCUUCUCACUCCAAUGCCAACUUCAUAGCCACCGCAGAGACCUUGGAAGAGGAGACACUCGAGAUUUUUUUUUUUUUAAGUGUUGGGGACCCAGCUGGGAGGUGGAAAAGAGCGGGGAGGUGACCUCGCGGGACAGGCAACCGCAGUCACGGCGCAGCACUGCCACGAGGGAAAACAGCCCUGGCUCCCCCCUGCACGGCGCUCGGACGGACCGGUGAAUUUUCUACGCGCUCUGUAGAACUGAGACGUCUCAGGAGAAACUGGUUUUUCCCUUCUGAACGGAGGCCUCGCGCGUGCAGCGGGGGCACCGCCGCGGCUGCUGGGGCCGGGAGGCGUCUCAUCGGCCAGCACCCGGGGAGACCACCCGGUCCCCGGCGCCUCUUGCUCCUUCAUCGCCAGCUUCUCCUCGCUUCGAUGCCCCCCCCCCCAAGACAACGCGCCCCAUUUACCUGCCCAGCAGAACCGGCCGGGAGCAAAGGGGCAGCUUUGCUGAAAUAAAAAUUCCCGGGGUGGAGGCAAGGCGCUGGCUGUGAGCCCUUGCUCCCCCCCACCUCCGCAGCCCCAGGACCUCCCACGGGCGAGACGGAGGAGGCGUCGGUGGGAAAAGCCGUCUUUCUCCUUAGCUGCAUCCCGUUUCCAUCCGUCGCUCUCGCACUCCCUCCGCCUCGCCGCUGCUGCCAGAGGGCACCAGUGAGAACGGGUGAAAUUCCCUUGCACACGGGAGCCGGGUUUAAUAUACCGAACUCAAAAGCAACUGAUUUUCUAGGUCUCCUAUUUAUUGAACUCCUUUAGAAGGGCUAUCUUUUUAUUGCAGUACAAACUAAGGUGUUUCCUUUGAAUUUUCUUUCUGGUCUGGGUUGGUUGGUUGGUUGGUUGGUGGGGUUUGGUUUUUUUUCCCCCUUAAAGCUCCAGGUCCUUCCUGUUAGGACAAGGAGUGUUGUGCUGUGGGAACCUGUGGUCUGUGGCCUGUAAAUACUAUGUCUUGGAUCUGUGUAGCUUGUGGAUGAUACUGGGGAUCUGCUGGAGCAGUUUUGGGCCAGAGAAGGGCUGCUUCCCCCCAAUCCCCCUCCCCUCGCCUUACUGCUGGGUGCAGACGGGUUCGUGAGCACCCCAGCACUGCCUGGUAGCGCGUCCUCCCCCGGGGAGGAGAGGUGGAACCUGCUGGCUUGGCCCGGCUACACACCUCGUCUGGAAAAGAUGGGAUUUAACA